AUGUCGUUCUGCUUUCCGUCAUGGGACAACGCGUUCUCGCCGUCGUUCUACGAUGACGCAAAGGCGAUGCUCGAGACGGCGCUCAACAAGGGAAACAAGCCGCCUGUUAUCCAGGGGCGCAUCGAGGUCGUCGACCUCAACAUGGGCUCGCAGCCCCCGACUCUCACGCUGUUGGAGAUCGGAGACCUCUCGCUCGACCGUUUUCGCGGAAUUCUGCGCCUUGGGUACCAGGGCGACGCGUGGAUCACCGUCCGCUGCCUUGUGCAGGCCAACCCACUGUCGCACAACCCCAACCUCAUCCCCAGCUCCACCCUGCCCAUCUCGACUCCACUCCUCGCCUCCCAGCCGCUCCUCGUGCCAAUGACGCUGCGCCUGAGCAAGCUGCAUCUGCGCGCGAUCCUCAUUCUCGUCGUCUCCAAGACCAAGGGCAUCACGCUCGUGUUCAAGAACGACCCCCUGCAGAACGUUGACGUCUCCUCCACCUUUGACUCGGUCGAGGUCAUCCGUGGAUAUCUCCAGCAGGAGAUUGAGGGGCAGCUGCGCGAGAUGUUCCGCGAGGACCUGCCGGGAAUCAUCCACCGCCUCUCACAGCGCUGGUUCACUGGUUCAGGCGGCACAGUCGAGACGCCGUACCGCGACGGGCCAGAACCCGUGACACCCGCAAACAGGCCACAGUACGACAGCGACGACGAGGAGCCCCACCUUAGUCGCGAUUCGUUCGCGCCGGCCUCUGCCACGCCGACCCCACGGAGGAGAGCGCUGCACCGCCCGAGUACGGGGUCGUUCAAGCCGUCCCCACCACCGCUCGGCGAGUCGCCCACUGGGUACACUGUGUUCCCGGACAUUGAGCACUACGACCCGACCUACGGCCUGAGGCCAGAAGGCUUGCCGACGCAUUCGGGAUACGAGGCACUGGGACGCGUGUGGCAGCGGGCGCGGACCACCGGCCGCGGUCUGAGCAGUCUGAUGGACUCGAGCUUCGACGAGGGUCUGGAGCCAGAAGAUGAUUUCGAGGACAUUGACGUCGUCGACGACAUCGUGCGCUCCCCAAUGCAGGUAUCGCCCAACACCUCGCGGCGAUCGAGCGCGUCCGUCGCCAGCCCCGACGACGACUCAACGAUCACAUGGGAGCUCUUCCCCGCGGUCGGCGGCGGCGUCGUCACCCGCCCACGCGUGUUUCACGCGCAGAGCCGGAUCCGUGCCCCUAGCGAGAGCGGCUUCGGCGGCGCCAUGCCGUCCCCCUCUGGCGGGACUGGAAGUGUUACAGCGCGCGCCUCCAGCGUGGGCGGCACUUCGACGGUGGGCAGCUUGCGCGAUGGCGGUCGUGUUUUCUCCCAUCCGCCUCUUAUGCGGACGGUCACGAACGUGAGCGAUGCGCGAUCACACGCGCAAUCGCUGAGUACGGCUUUGCGGGCUGCAUCCCCCUCCCCGUCCCCAUUAGGCGGGCGACCAGGCUCGCCGCUGCGCGCCAACGGCCCACGACACGGAAGAGGCAACUCACUCUCACGCUCCGCCGCCUCCUUCCCCUCCUUCCCAUUACCUGACACCCCUCCACGCCGGACAGUAAGCCACGAGCCCAAACCCCGUUCGGCUGUACCUUCUCGCCUACGCGAGCGCGCUCCCAGCCUCUCUGGUCCCCGCAUCACCCUCCCCCUAAACAACAGUGUGAGCCAGCUCGCAACCCUCAGCCUGUCAGCCAACACGCUAUCCCCCUACGCGCGUGCACACGAGCACAUUGCCGUCCGCUCCUUUCCGCACCUCGGGCGCUCGACCCCAGUCGAGGACAUGGAGGGCAAUGGUGGCCACGGGCCGGUCAAGGGGCGCCGCAAACGUAUUUUCCGCGUUGGUGGGAGUGCGCCCGUAUCCCGACGGGCGAGUGUCGACGAGACCGAGGCGGACGAUACGCCCCCACUAGAGUUUGCCUCUUCCAGUUCGGGGAGUGCACGGCGCGUCCCAUUGAGCUUGAGCAAUAAAAGCGCAAGUGUGCGGACCUUGCCGAUGACCGCGUACCCGUUUCCCAAGAUUCCCGAGUAA